UCCCCCGUUUCUGCUGCUGGUGCUUGCCCUGGGGCUGUGUCAGCAGCCUCCCCUGAGUCUUCCGGGGCGCCCUGGCUUACGGUACAACUAUGACUGUGGGGAAAAGAGCAUGCAGUUGGUGGUGUUCCACCCGCCAGGCCGGACUGUCCGCUUCAAGGUGAUGGAUGAAUUUGGGAACCGAUUUGAGGUGAACAAUUGUUCCAGCUGCUUCCAUUGGGUCACCUACAAGCGCAAGGGACCUGCAGUCUUCUCUACCGAAUACAAAGGCUGCCACGUGGUGAAGAAGAAGGACAGCUUCCACCUGACCGUGUCCAUAGAAGCUUUGCUGCCCAGCAGACGUGUGGAGAGAGCAAGAGACGUCACUCUGAUCUGCCCCAAGCUUAGGACGCCGGACCACCUCACCCCAAUAACAACCACCGCCCCCCCAUCCACCUCUCCUGCCUGGACCUCCCAGCCCAGCCUCGGCUUCACCUGGCCCAGCACCUGGGACCCAGAGCCCAACUCCAGCUCUGCCUCGACGUCCCUAGGACCUGAGCCCACCCACCCCAGCCCUCCUCCAACCCCAACCCUAUGGGGGGAACCCUGGAAAGUGGACAUGCCGGCUCACAUAGGCUCCCAGCUGACUGAGGAGCAGUGCCAGGUGGACUCCGGCCACAUCCCCUGCUUGGUGGGAAGCUCCCAGCAAGCCUGUCAACAGGUGGGCUGCUGCUAUGACAACACCAGCGCUGUGCCCUGUUACUACGGCAACACAGUGACUGCCCAGUGCUUCAGAAAUGGCCAUGUCAUCCUGGUGGUGUCCCAAGUGACAGCCCUGGCCCACAGGGUCACCCUGGGCAACAUCCGCCUAGCCAGCACCUCCAGCAGCUGCUCCCCCACCCAGAAGACGGGGUCCUUCCUGCUCUUCCACUUCCCCCUCACCCAAUGUGGCACCACCCUGCAGGCGGUGGGUGACCAACUCAUCUAUGAGAACCAACUGGUGUCAGCCAUGGACAUCCAGAAGGGACCUUGGGGUGCCGUCACUCGAGAUGGGUCCUUCCGGCUCCAGGUCCGAUGCGUCUUUAGCACCAACCACUUCCUGCCCAUCCAGGCGUCUGUCUCCUCACCCACAUUGCCAGGCCCGGUGACCCAGUCCGGCCCCCUGCGACUUGAACUGCGCAUCGCCAGGGAUGAGACCUUCAGCACCUACUACGAGGAGCAAGACUACCCCGUGACCAAGCUGCUCCGCCAGCCUCUGCCGGUGGAGGUGCGGCUUCUGCAGAGGACGGACCCUGGCUUGGCCCUGGUGCUGCACCAGUGCUGGGCCACACCCAGCGCCAACCCCUUCCAGCAGCCACAGUGGCCCCUGCUGGUGGACGGGUGUCCGUUUGGCGGUGACAACUACAGGACCCGGAUGGUGGCAGUGGACGGGGCAGAGGUGGCCUUCCCCUCUCACCACCAGCGUUUCACUGUGGCCACCUUUGCCCUGCUCGACUCCAGCUCCCAAAGGGCCCUUCAGGGGUCGGUCUACUUCUUCUGCAGCGCCUCUGCCUGCACCCCCUCAGGAAAUGAGACUUGUUCCAUCUCCUGCUCGAGGUCUGAAAGACGGCGCCGCUCCUCAGGUGGCUUCAAUGACACAGCCGGACCCCAGAACAUCGUGAGCUCUCCAGGGCCUGUGGGCUUCAAGGACUCUUGGGGGCAGGAGCAGACACCGGGACCCACAGGUGCCACCAGGAGCUCCACCCCCAAGUCUCUCCUCUGGGCUCUGCUUCUUCUGCUGGCUGUCGCCGUUCUCCUGGGGGUGGGAGUCUGUGUGGGCCUGGUCCAGGCCUCACCUAGAAGGCCCAGGAAGGCCUUGAGGGGGUGAACGGGCUCAAUAAACCACUGC